AUGUCUACCCGCAAGCGCCGCGCCAAGACGCCGCCUGCCGCAUCGAGCUCGCACCGGUCGCCUGCGACCAAGCGGGCAAAGACCAAGCCGGGCCGGGCCAGUCGCAAGACGCCAAGCAGCGGACAGGUCCUCACCGGCGACGCGGCUGUGCUGGCGGGCAUUGCUGCCGAUCACAGCAGCAGCGGCGAGACAGAGUACAGUGAGAUGUUUGGCAUUACGUCGGUGGCGCUGCACAACGGCGCACUGCCCAUCGACCACCACACCUCGCUCUCGCCGGCCUGGAUGGCAAGCCACCCACUGGCCACCAGCGCCCCGCUCGAAUCGCCGCCGCCGACCAUGGUGGCUGCCACCGACAAGGCCGUCAACGUCCUCCGCCGUGCUUCACACGCCCACGAUCUCCCGUUGCCGCCGGUCAUUGACUGGAGCGAGGUCCAUGCCCGCGCCGAGGAGGAGAAGGCCGCAGUUGCCGCCGCCUACGUCGCCGAGCAUCCGGCGAGCGCCGGCCGCUCGGUCGAUGCGCUCUACCGCGCAGCGAUGGCAGCUGCCGACUCUACCGCGCACGAGACUGAUAUCAGCGCCGGUGUUGACAUGGUCUUCAAGGGCGGUGGUGCCAAGGGCAACGUGUUCAUCGGCGCCCUCGGCGCGCUUGUCACCCGUGGGCUUAAGUUUGGUCGGCUCAUCGGCACCUCGGCCGGCGCGUUCAUGGCCACUAUCACCGCCAUUGGCCUCUCGCCGGGCGACGUCCAUCGUUUCGCGCUCUCCAAGCGGCGUGACAACACCGGCAAGAUGGUCUCAGCCAUGCAAGCCAUCACCAUGGACCUCCCGCUGCCGAGCGACGUCUCGCCCGAGCUCCGGUCGUCGUCGCAGCUCGCGCAGGCGCUCAACACCCUCCACAUUCCGCUUGUCCCCGAAGCCGCCGUUGCCGCCGGCAACUCGCUCAUUCUCAAUGCGCUCUUCAACCACUCGCGUGACUUCCGGGUCCUGUUUGGUCUCUACGAGCUCGGUGGCGCCCUUGUCGGCAACGCCCUCGUCGACUACAUCAACGAGGCCAUCCAUACCUACCACCCAAGCCUGGCCUCCGUUCCUGAGCCAACCAUGGCUCAGCUGUACGCUGUCACCGGCGCAGAUCUCACCGUCGUCGCCGCCGAUGUGACCAACGGCGAACGCCUGGUCCUCAACCACCGGACUGCGCCAGACGUGCCUGUCGCCUGGGCCACCCGCAUGUCUAUGGCGCUCAUGGCCGCCUACCGCUUCGUCACCUGGCGCUCCGAGUGGGGCACAUAUCUCGGCGACGACCGCACUGGCGCUGUGGUUGUUGACGGCGGCCUUCUCGAUGUCUUUGCCCUCGAUCUCGUCACCUCGGAGGAUCCGCGCGUCCGCGCCAUGAUGGGCCGCACCGCCCCGGGCUCCGACCACCCGAUCAUCGGCUUCCUCAUCGAGGACGACAUGCCGCUCUCUGCUGCCAUUCACGAGGACUCCUGGCGCCCGCCAAAGCCCUCCCCGCCGUCGCGCGAUGGCCUGCACAACCUCGCUCUGGAGCACCUGGAAAACCUCCUUGAUGCCACCAUGUCCGGGCCGUAUCGCGUCCUCGAGCGCUCCUAUCCGGAACUCAUCUGCCACCUGCCUGCCAAGGGCUACUCUACCAUGGAGAUGGCUAUGACGCCUGCCCGUCUCGAAGCCCUCAUGACUGCCGGUCACGCUGCCACCCUCCGCUUCCUCGACUGUGUCUGGCCGCCGACCAAGUCCACCGCCUCCUCGCCCUCGCCUCCGCGCACCAAGUCCAAGUCCAAGUCCAAGUCCAAGUCCAAGUCCAGAGCAUAA